GCGUUUCGGGAAAUCGCGCGACCGCGUGCCAGCAGUCAAGAUGGCGGAAGCUGCAGCAGCAGCACCGGCCCCGGCGACAUCCGUGGAAGUGCGGCUCCCGGUUCCCCGCCCUCGCCUGCCUCAGAGCUUCUCCCGCGAGGCGGGCGAGCGGGACAAGGACCUGGUGGCCCCCGGGGAUACCAUCACCACCGACCCAGGAUACAUGAGGUGAAGGGAAGGCGGGCAGGCAGGCUCCUUCUCAUGGAAGCACCCACGUGGGUAGCUGGUUGCUUGGUAAAAUACCUGCCGUGUUUGUGCGCGUGUUAUGGGGCAAGCGAGGGGGACACAGCUAUCGUGCUGCUGCCGCCAGCCCUAUUCUUGGGGCUUAAUCGGCGCCCCUGAACCUGAGCAGCCAAGAGUACCCCUGAGCAUGUGCAGAACGAUGCUCCCAGUGCAAGGGGUGGCAUUGGAUCUUGCUGGCUUCGGUGCUUGCUUAGAUAUUAAACCACAUGCUCUCAGAGGCACUGUUGGUUUACAGAUUAGUUGGUUGCAAGUCACUUAGUGCUGCCCUGGGCUGGAUAAAGUGGCUAGCGGGUUUAGCCGCUAACAGUAAAAUAAUAGGGGAGAAGAGCUUGGCGGCGGUGAUGGAGCAAUCACUUUUAUUUAUUUAUUUUAUUUAUUGCACAUGAUAUGUACCCUGCUUGACUGUGGAAAAAGAAGCCUCAAGGCAAUCUACAAAAGAUAAACCAGGAUCGUUGCUGAUAUACUCCUCCUCCAUUAAUUUUGUCUGAACCCCCUUUUUAAAGUCAUUGAAGCCCGCGGGGCCUCAGCUUGUGACAUUGAAUUCCAGACAUCAGUUACAUUUGUGAAAAAAGUGUAUCUCUAUGACAAUCACAGGAAACUACCCUAAGCCUAGCCAGAGCAAUGAUGCGUCUCGUUCAAUAUCAUCUACGCUGACUGCAGGGUUUCAGGCAGGGGGUCUCUUCUCAGACCUACCUUGAGAUCCCAUUAGAGAUUGAACUUGGGACCUUCUGCAUGCAAAGCAUGUGCUCUACUCACUAAGCUGCAGCAAUUCCCCAGAAUCUAGUUCAGUUCAUUGGAUGAUCCUAGAUUCUAGAAUUCUGAGAGGUGAAGGCGGUGGUGGCGGCAGCAGCAGCUUCCUUCACACCAUAUGCUAUUCUUUAAAUGUCUUCAAACACUCGCCUGGUAGUUGCUAUAGGUGAGACAACCUUGUGGACAGAUGAGUGACCAGGGCAGGGCAGGAGAGAGAACCCUUCAUUCCUCUAUUUCUCUAAACUAGAAAGCCUAAAAUUUUUAGUUGCAUUCUAUAUAUCGAAGCAGAGUAAGGACAGUAUAAUGCACAGAUGAGCAAUGAUCAUAUUCUGAUGUUUUUAAAAUGAUCUACAGAGUUGUGUGCCAGACCAUUUAUUUUUCCUAUUCUCUGGUAGAGGCCAUGGGACAUACCUGGGAGGCGAGAAGCUCAUUGCCUCUGUGGCUGGUGUUGUGGACAGGGUGAACAAGCUGAUCUGUGUGAAAGCUUUGAAAACAAGGUAAGAGGUUCCAGAAGAGCAGCUGACAUACACUUCAUUUGCACGAUGCAUUUAAAGCAGUAUUGCACCCCUUUAAACAGUCAUAGCUUCCCCCAAAGAGUCCUGGGAACUGCAGUUUGUUCAGGAUGCCGAGAGUUCUUAGGGGACCCCUCUCUUCCCUUCAGGGAGCUGCGAUUCCUAGAGUGGUUUAACACUGGGAAUUGUAGUUUGUAUACCACCCUUCAUCUGUAGCCCUCAGGACGGUUUACAACAUAAAAAUACAAGAUGAAGAAAACUUGUUGGCUAGUUUGUCUGUCAUGUGGAUGACACAUUGAAUAGUUGGCUCUUUUGGAUGCCCUCCUUGCCAGAAGAAUAUGUAGUUCUUCUCUCAGAGGCAGCCAUUCAAAGUGAGUCUGGUUUCUUGUAGAGUGGCAACAUGAGCGUUGAGUGUUUUCAACUCACAGUCAGUAAUGGCCAUCUUCUGUGAGUCAUUGACCUGCAGCAGGUUGGUGGACAAGACAGGGCACAUGGUCCUGGCAUUUUGGCUUGCUAGGCACAAGUGGAGAUUUAGGAUCAGAGUUUUCCUUUCCUAGGUGGGCUACCUUCCCAAGUAGAUGAGCCCCAUCUGCCCCUCACAUCCCUCUACAGCACGUGCAGAAACUUCAUUCUUGACUGUUGGACCUACGAUUGGUCUACUCAAUCCGCUGGAGCCUGUCUUCACAUGCAGGGGGGAGUCUCUAAUUCACCAAGGGUUUGAAAUUCAUCGGCUACCCUCUCCUGGUUUAGCUGGCCAGUUGAAGCUGCUCCUGGUGUGUGGCUUCUGUCUCAUGCUGACAGCUUCUUGAGCUGCAGAUGAGAGCUGAGGUCAGGGUGGCGAACUACCCAGAAGGAGCAAGAACAAAAACACAUGCAAUGUGGUUGCAGCAUUACAUUUUGUGAUGUUGAUGUGGGCUUACGCAGCAACUGGUGACCCUUUUAAAAAACAAUACACAUUUACGCUCGCAGUGAAUAUUUGGUUUCAGAUGCUUUCCUUGAGUUUAAAAGUGAUUUCAUUUGCUUCCGCAACUUGCACCAUCAAUCCUGGCCACUGGUCUUGCUGCCUUUAGGUGGACUGUUGAGAAUAACAGUUGGGGGCAAGGGAAGUGUGCAGGUUCCUAGCCUUUCAGUCAAGAGAAUUCAGGUUACCAAAUAAUCAUCUUUCUGAGAGUUGUCUUUUAUUUUCCUUGCAGAUACAAUGGCGAAGUUGGUGAUAUUGUCGUUGGACGAAUCACAGAGGUACUGAGGCUAUCACUUUUUUUUUUAAGCUGAAGGUGGAGAACCUGCACCUCUCUGGACGUUGCUGCACUUCAGCUCUGGUCCGUUGGCAUGCUGGCUGCAGGGACUGAUGGAAGCUGGAGGCCAACAGCAUCUUAGGGGCAGACCACACAGCAUCCUUACCCCAGAUUUGAAACAUACACAACAUACCAACUUUUGUAUUUUAAAAGUAUUUAAUGAGAGAGAACAUGUCGAGAGGAAAAUGCUCAAAUGGUCAUCAAGGUAGUUUAUGGUUUGUCAUGGGGAAUCUGAGGCGGCCCUCUAGGUCUCUGUCAGGCCCCCGGGGCUCUCACCAGGCUGCACACUCUACCAAGUCUUCCUCAAGUGCUCUCGCCUAGCUGGAUCAUGUCCUUGAGUUGUGACUACAUCUCUCCCUUGGUUGGACAGAGAAAGCUUUCUGUGUGGGCUUUUGCCUCUGGCCCCACCCUAAACUGGUGUGCAGCCCCCAAGAAUCUCUCCCUGAGAUAGUGCAGCCCUUGAGCUGAAAAAGGUGCCCCUCCUCUGUAAAAACAUUACAUGGUAAUAACAUACCUGCACACAAUUGAGGCACUUUUGGUUCUUGGGUCAGUGGAUAAGGCCAGACUGAUCUUCCUCUUGCCAUGCUCCACUGAAGAGAAAUCUCUUGACUUUAACAAGUACUUAAGAAAAUGUGUUUUUUUCCAUUUUAGGUUCAGCAGAAACGGUGGAAAGUCGAGACCAAUUCCAGGCUGGAUUCUGUCUUGCUCCUUUCAUCCAUGAAUCUUCCAGGAGGGGAGCUGGUGAGUGCCUCCCAAAGCUGCAUCAGCUAGGAAGCCUUGGGUGUUUUAUCUAAAGACACCCUAGCAGGCUUAUUGGGCCCUCACAUAAGCAAGGGCUCCAUUUCCAACUCCUGAGCACACAGAGAAUAACACUCCUAGUAAUGGUUAGUGUGUAUGUUGUGAUUUUGCUGCCUGUUUGAUAUCAGGCGUAUGCUCAGAGGCACUCUUAUUGCAUUUAGGGGAAAUGACUUUUGGCUCAGUGGUAAAGCACAUGCUUUUCAAGUAGAAGGUUCCCAGGUGGCAUCUCCACACAGGGCUGGGAGAUACUCCCUGUGUGAAACCCUGGAGAGCCGCUGCCAGUCAGUGUCUGACUUUGGUAUAAGGCAGCUUCUUAUAUUCGUAUUUAAAUCAGAAUCACGAGGACUGGAAUUUUUACUUGUACGAGGAACAGUCACAGCUCAGUGGUAGAGCCCCUUCUUUGCAUGCCGAAGAUCCCAGGUUCAAUCCCCGACAGCAUCCCCACAUAAGGAUGGGAGAGAUCCCCCCUGCCUCAAACCCCUGGAGAGCUACUGCCAGUCAGUGUAGGCAAUCCUGAGAGAGAUGGACCUCGUGUCUGACUCAGUAUUAAGUUCAACUGACUUAAGACCUAUUUAAAUGAAUGACAGCCUUCUAAUUUUGCUUCCUUUAAUGGGUGCGCCUGCAUGUUUUUCAGAGGCGGAGAUCAGCAGAGGAUGAACUGGCAAUGCGAGAUUACCUGCAGGAAGGGGACCUUAUCAGUGUAUCCAUACUCUAGUACUUGGCCAGGGGGAAGCCAAGGGCAGUGAAAAAUCUGAUAACCGCCCUAUGUUGUUGGACGCCUCUGGACCUUUGGCCGUACUUGCUGUGGUUGAUGGGAGUUGGGGAAAUCCAACACUAUCUGCCAUAGGUUCUCCUUCCCUAAGCUAAGAAGAGGCAUUCCCUACUCCCUACUCCCCAUCAGCAAAUGCCUGUACAAAAUUAGCUGAUUUCCUUAAGCGAUCCUGACAGGCAGAAGUCCAAGCGGUGUUCUCUGAUGGGGCUGUAUCGCUGCACACACGGAGUCUGAAAUACGGAAAGGUGGGUCAGCUUUACUUGCUUGCUGCUCUCUGUGUGAAGUCACUCUGCCUGUCGUGUGCCACAGAAAAAUCUGGACAUGUCCCUGAACAUGUGCCAGUCUUUAAAAGAGGAUUAAACAAAGCUAUGGUGGAGAGGACUAUCAAAGGCUGCUAGCCAUGAUGGCUAUGCUCUGCCUCCACAGUCAGGCGCAGUAAUUCUUCUGAGUGCCAGUUGCUGGAAACCACAGGAGAGGAGAGUUGCUUUUGUGCUCGAAUCCUGCUUGCAGGUUUCCUUCCCACCAGCAUCUGGUUGGCCACUGUGAGAAGAAGAUGCUGGACUAAAUGGGCCAUUGGCCAGAUCUAGCAGGCUCUUCUUAUGCUCUUACAUUCUUAGAAGGCUCAGCUGGGCUGCAGAGAUACCGUACUGGCAAAUGCUUUGUAUAUGGCACCUGAAAUCAGUGGGGUCCUUCGUUCAAUGCUUGCUCUUGGGAUCAGAUGAUUGCUCCACUGGCUUUUGCUCCUAGGACAGGGCAUGUCCUUGCCAGGUGCUUUUAAUUCCCUGCAGAAGGUAGCCUGAGGAGAUAAAGAGAUCAAGUUCCCCAAUUAGAAUAUUGUGAGAAUCUACUCCCCUGUUUUUGGGCUCUGAACUUUGAUCUUCCUGGGGCUGUGAUUCUAAGACCAUAAAGCCCUCCUACCUUUUUUUCCCUAUUUUUUUUUUUGGAAAUUGCAACACCUGCUCAGUGUAAGUGAUUAUUACAUUUACAGGAAAACUUUCUCUUUUUUUUUUUUUUCUUUCUGAGUCCUGGGGCUCAGAUUUAGGGCUUUAUGAGGUUGGGAAUUUCUUACAGUCUUUGCUUUCCCCAUCUUGGGAUAAAAGCGGAGGGAGGGUCCCUGCCAGGGAGUAGGUUGCAAUUGAGGAUUAUCCUGCCCACUUUGGGGGAUUAGCAUUUACUUAAAAGAUGAAAGGAAAAGUGUGAUUAUGGAAUAAAGGGUGAAAGGACAGCAAACUGGAUUAAAAAAUGCGGUGAGGAAUAACUGCUAAAAUGGGCUGACUUGAUUAAGCCUUUGCUAUUACUCUAGGGAUGGAUUUUUAAAUCUCUUUGGUAGCCCCAUGAUCAAGGUAUGUUUAACUUUCUCAGUAAGCAAUGUUGGGUCCUGUACCUACAUAUCACCUGCAUUCUCUGCUUCUAUUAACAGAGUUCUUUCUCUGUUAGGCUCUGUUCCAGAGCUUGUGCUCACAUUAAUUGCUUCCUGGGAACUUAAAUAAUUAGUUGGUAUUCCAAUAGUACUUUGAAAGCAAUCCAUGUUCUCUGUAACCCUUAACAACCACUCUGUAAGGUAUUUCCUUAUACAUUUCCUUCCUUCCUUAACAAACUUCAGUGAACAUUUUAAAAACAAUUACCAGAGAAAUUACCGCAGUGCUUUAGAUUGUAUAUUCUGUGGAUGUGAGCUGAAUCUGUAAUGUAAAAGAUUUUCCAGGUUUGUUUUGAUGCCAUUUGGAUGACUGCAUUCAAGACUUAAUGUCUGUACAUGUAUAUCCCACCUUUUUCUCCAAGGAGCACAAAGUGGCAUAUAUGAUUCUCUCCCUCCUCAUUUAGUUCCCACGGCCCUGUGAGGUAGGCUAUAGGCUGAGAGGGAAGACUGGCCCAAGGUCACCCAAAGAGCUUCACGGCCCAGUGGGAAUUUAAACCCUGGUCUCUCGAAGGCCCUAGUCCUCAUUUAAUCCUCACAACAACCCUGUAAAGGUAAGAAACAGUGAUUGGGCCCAAGAAUAUAAGAUGACCCUGCCGGAUCAGACCAGUGGCCCAUGUAGUCCAGCAUCUUGUUCGUAACACCCUCUCCUCCUGCGGCUUCCAGUAACUGGUUACUAUCUCUGGCCAUGCAGGUGGAGCAUAGCCAUCGUGGCUAGUAGCCAUUGAUAGCCCUCACCUCCAUGAAUCUGUCCAAUCCUUUUCAAAGCCAUCCAUGUUGGUGGCCAUCACUGACUCCUGUGGGAGGGAGUUCCAUAUUUAACCUAUGCACUGGGUGAAGAAGGACUUCCUUUUAUCUGUCCUGAAUCAAGGUGAGCCAGGGAGCUUCAUGUGGCCUCCAAGGUCCUAGUGUGACAUGCUAACCACUACAACACACUUUGCCCUCUUCCAGCACAUUGGAGCUUUCCUCUUGCAUCCUUGGUGCAUUAACCACCACCUUCCCAUCCUGACUGCUCUAUGCUGACUUCAGGUCUGCAUCUUUUUCUCUCUAGCUUGGCCAAGGUGUGCUCGUCCAGGUGUCCCCUUCCCUUGUGAAGCGGCAGAAGACCCAUUUCCAUGACUUGACUUGUGGGGCUUCCGUUAUCCUUGGCAACAAUGGGUUCAUCUGGAUCUACCCAACACCCAAACAGAAGAAUGAGGAGGCUGGGGGAUUCAUCACCAACCUGGAGGUGAGCCAACAGGCCUUGGGAACGCAGCAGAGAAAAGCCCUUGGCUGGAGUUGAAUGAAUAAGCUAUUUACUAGGUGUUUGCAACUGGCAGCCUGCAGCCAAGUCUUGGCAUUCUUCUCUUCCCCUUGAUCCACCCCCCAAGGUGAGGGAUGAGCAGUGGUGCUGGACGUGUUAUGAGGUUCAGCCUCCUACCUAGUUAAGAACAUUCUGGGUCAAGCCAAUUGCCCAUCUAGUCCAGCAUCCUGUUCUCACGGUGAUUGAGCAGAUGCCUGUGGGAAGCCUGGAAGCAGGUCCCGAGUGCAAUAGCACUCUCCCUUCCUGUGUUUUCCAGUAAGUGGUAUUCAGAAGCAUUGCUGCCUCCAGCUGUGGAGGAAGAGCAUAGCUUGUACCCAUUGUGGCUAAUACACAUUGAUAGCCUUCUCCAUUAAUUUGUCUUAUCCUCUUUUAAAACCAUCCAAUUUGGUGGCCAUCACGUUCUCUUGUGGGAACGGGUUUGACAGUUUAACUAUGCACUGAGUGAAGAAGAACUUUCUUUUAUCUGUCCUGAAUCUUCCAACAUUUAGCUUCAUCCACAAUAUGUCCACAAUUUCCAUCAUUACAGUUUUAGAUUGUAAAACUGGGAAGUUCUGUGUGAGAUCCUGGGAAGAUUGGCUGGAGAGUGUUUGACUUUGAGGGCUCGCUGUGUUAGCCUGUAGCAGCAAAACUAACAGUCUUCUGGUGUCUUAUAGACUGCUGUUGUACCUGAACUGACAGUUCACCAGAACUAAUGUUCAUCACUAGAGGCUGUCUUUUGCUUUCUCUCCUGUUCACGUUAGGUCUAAAGUCCUGUUCACGUUAGGUCUAAAGUCUUUCACAUCACACUUGUAUGGUCGACACGUAUCCCUAAACCAUAGUUUGUUACACCACAGGUUAGCAUAGUGGUUCCCCAACUUUUUCAGACCCCUGCCACCGUGAUUCUAUAAAUGCCCCCCCCCGCCUACUACCCUGUGAAAAGCAUUAUUCAGAAUAGCAGUUUGCAUGACCCACUAAAGAAGAUAUUAACAAAGUUCAAAACAGUAACAGUUACUUGCACAUUUAUUCAAAAUCUAAUUUAAACCAUUUAAUUUAAUUAAUUCAACAAAAUUGGUGAAUAUGAUUCAGUGACACCAGCUUUUCAAAGUCUGAUAGAUCUGUAUGCCUUCAGUACCUCUCCUGCCUUUUAGUUACUGUUCCUUCCCACCCCAGGUAACUCCACUGCCUACUUACAGAUUGACUGACUUAGUGUUGUGUGUGAACUCUGACUGGCGCCUUAACUAUGGCUUGUUAUUGCCAGCAAACCACAGUCUGCAGCCAUUCUUUGGGUUGCAAAUCUUGGGUUUGUUUUAACUGCAGCUUGGUGUAACGUGUGUGAACUUGGGGUUCUUCCUUCAUCACUCUCCAUUGUUGCUCCUGAGACAAUGGCCACUGACUUCAUGUGGGUUCCUUACUUCCCCCUUUUAGCCAGUGCCCUUGUCUGACCGUGAGGUGAUUUCCCGACUCCGGAACUGCGUUGUGGCUCUGGCAGAGCAGAAACAGAUGCUCUAUGACACCAGCAUCGUCUACUGCUACGAGGCCUCCCUUUCUCAUGAGGUGAUGUAUCUUAUUGCUGCUCUUUGUUCUGGGCUGUGGAAGGGUGGCAGGGGUGGUGGCAGGCUGGCUUGGCUAUACAUCCACACGUGCACACACUUCCACAGGCCAUAAUGUUUUCCUGUAAUGAAAUGGGGUGUCCAUUUCUCCCCACCAAUGAGUUGGCCCCUUGUAUAUCUAUAGGACACUACUUCCUCUUCAGUUAUUAAUGCACGCCAUAAGGGUGUGACUUCCAAAACUCAUGCAGUCUCUCUUCCCCACCGCCCUUUCUUACACAAUCUUAGUGUGAGUAUAAUGUUAGAAUGGGGUGUGGCUCUCAGUAUCUGGAAGGGAUCCUGCACUACUGAAUUUGCCGUUACACUGCUGUUCAUGAACGAUGACAGUCUGAAGACAAACACAAUCUCUUUAACGAUGGAUGUGAGAAUAUUUUUUGCCAGUGAUGUGAGCCCAGCUUCUACUGAGCAGUUUGCAGAUGUACACCAACCAGUAAGCCAUCAGACGGGCUAUUCACUUUUAUGAAGAUUUUGAUUGAAGCACAUGUUGUCUUAUCCAUUUAUCCUUUUCCUUGAAAGUUCUGGUGGUGAGAAAUAUCCCCAAACCUACAAGUACUUUUAAAACAAUUGCAAAGCUGCUUUGGGGGGGGGGGGGGAGAGAGAGUUGGAGACAUUACAGAUCAGUGCUGUACAUUACAGGUCAGCCAGCUUCUUCCUGCUCAAACAGAAGCAUUCUAAAAAGCUGUAGGGCGGGUUUAGAUUGACUACAAAUUGUUCCUGAACCGUCUGUGCUGUGUGUUGUGAUCUUCUUUGCAUGCUAAUUCAACUUUUUUUUUUUUAAAAAAAAUAGCAGAUCAAGGACCUUCUCAAGCCAGAGGUGAUGGAGAAGAUUGUGCUGGAGACGCGUCAGAGACUGCUGGAACUGGAGGGGUGAUUGGAGAGGGAAAGUGGCGAGGCAGUGAUGGUCCUUUCUUUUCAGGGAUCUAGCCUCCCCGAUGUGUUUUUUUCCCCCCAGUGUGAGAUUCCAUUACAAAUUCCAUACCAAAUAGAAAAAGGGGGACUGUGGAAACAAUGAGAACUUUUGCUUAAGAAUCUUGGUAUCAUGUGUUAUCCUGUGGCCCUCCCAAUGAGGCUGGACUACAGUUCACACUACCACCCCCAACCACUAGCUGUAUUGCCUGCAGGCGCUGAUAAGUUGGGCUCCAGAAGGAUAGGAGUCCAACAGUUUCUCAAUGGCUACUGCUUCCUCAGCCCCUGACCUAGCCAAAAUGCAGCAUCACAUUCCUUUACAUGUAGCCAGCAUCCUAGAAAGCAUCUGUAAUACUGUGGAUGCUUCAAGCUAUGUGUGUGUGUGUGUGUGCAGGGUGGGGUGGGGUGAAUUAUUUCUUUAUUUUUACUGGAGAUAUUUCAAUAAACUAGUUGUUUUUAAAAAAUGAGUGCA